UAUGCAACACGAUGACGCUAGCAAUUCACUAUUGCUUUACGUCGGCUUUUAUGUGGAUGAUAGUGGAAGGAAUUCAUCUGUAUAUGGCCUCAAGAAAUUACAAUUUCACGAGAAAAUUCCUUUAUGCCUUCAGUGCUGUUGGCUGGGUUGUUCCAUUUGUUAUCGUUGCAGUCAGUUAUGGAGUAUUCAAAAACAAUUAUCGUGCAAAAGAAACGUGUUGGCUUUCCGCUGAGAGCGGCAGCAUAUAUGUCUUCUACGCAACCGUGGUGCUCAAUAUUUUGAUUAAUUCUGUUUGUCUUGCGUCUGUCAUCCGUACAUUCUUGUCUUUGAGAUCAAACAAAAACAAGCAUAAAAUUGAAAAAUAUAGAGCCAGUAUAAAAGCAGUUUUGCUUCUUCAGCCAAUACUUGGUCUGACGUGGAUAUUCGGCUUCGUAGCUGCUACAACUAAAGUGGAAUCCUGCUCAAACCUCUUCGUCAUUUUCAAUGGAUUGCAGGGUGUUUUUAUAUUGCUGUUCCACUGUUUAGAUAACAAUGAGGUGAAGAAAACGUUAAGGCUCAUUCGAAAUAAGCGAAAAGCAACCGUUAUGUUUUCAAAGAGGAAUCAAUCGACGAGUAUUACUGAUUACAAUAAAUGAUUAGGUGGUAUUACUGCGCAUCACGCAUGGUCGCGAUUACGCGUGAUACCCACGUGAAUUCCGCCGGAGACAUUUUUCACACAAUUGUUCGUUGAAGGGCCUGCCUGACACACUUUAACAACAUUUGUUUUACAACUUUAAGCCUAGUUUCUAUAAUUUGUCUAUUUGUUUAUUUAUAAAGUGAUUUAGAUUAAUGUUAUAUCAAAAUUGUGACUUCAGACACGUUAAAAGAAAAGAAGGAACUUAAAUUCUAUUUCUACCAUAACGCCUUCAUGGUCAAGUGGCU